UGCACACAGAGCUCCCUCCGUGUUACCCCCGAUCAGUGCCCCAGAGAGGGACCCCACUUACCCCACGACGGAAAUCAUCAUGGCAGCCACCACCAGGUAGUUGGUCUGAUAAUAGAGCAGGUUGCUCACCACGCGGUUGUUCCAUUUGGAAAUGUCCCUGAAGUCCGGCCGGGCGAAGCGGUCAGAACCCGGGAAGAAGUCGUCCCAGGCGCGGAGAGGGGCGAUACUCACGUCCAUGUCUCGUCUCUCAGCUUCUUGUUCUUUGCCUCUGGAAUCUGGCGGCGGCGGCGGCGGCAACCGAUCAGCUGAGCUAGGCUCUAUGAAAGCAUUGUGGGAGACAAAAAAAGGUGAGAAGAAUGCAGCCUUGCUCUGCCUUCAAGGAUCUUGAGAUGCAGUGGAAAUACUAACUUAAAUACAAGACAGCAAGAGGAGAGCUAGAUAGAGGACGUGCCAGGCCUUGGUGCUGAGUUACAGGAAGUCAGAGGGUGUAGAAGAAUUCCCUGGGGCUUAAGAAUUUCAAGAAGCAGCACCCUGGGCAAGCUGAGUAAAUCAUCUCGGUCAAGACCAGCGGAGGAGCCCCAGUAGGACCCCACACCUGUUGGAGAGAUCAACGAGCAUUAGGAGCUGUGACCAAGAACUUUUACCUUCCAUUUGCUCAGUACUGCAUGAUCGGAGAAGAAAAGAAGGAGAAUAGAGGAGCUGCUGGCUGAGAAAAUGGCUGUUGAUGGUGGGUGUGGGGACACUGGAGACUGGGAAGGUCGCUGGAACCAUGUAAAGAAGUUCCUCGAGCGAUCUGGACCCUUCACACACCCUGAUUUCGAACCGAGCACUGAAUCUCUCCAAUUUUUGUUAGACACAUGUAAAGUUCUAGUCAUUGGAGCUGGCGGCUUAGGAUGUGAGCUCCUGAAAAAUCUGGCAUUGUCUGGUUUUAGACAGAUUCAUGUUAUAGACAUGGACACUAUAGAUGUUUCCAAUCUAAAUAGGCAGUUUUUAUUUAGGCCUAAAGAUGUUGGAAGACCUAAGGCUGAAGUUGCUGCAGAAUUUCUAAAUGACAGAGUUCCUAAUUGCAAUGUAGUUCCACAUUUCAACAAGAUUCAGGAUUUUAAUGAUACUUUCUAUCGACAAUUUCAUAUAAUUGUGUGUGGACUGGAUUCUAUCAUAGCCAGAAGAUGGAUAAAUGGCAUGCUGAUAUCUCUUCUAAAUUAUGAAGAUGGUGCAUUAGAUCCAAGCUCCAUUGUCCCUUUGAUAGAUGGGGGGACAGAAGGUUUUAAAGGAAAUGCCCGAGUGAUUUUGCCGGGAAUGACUGCUUGUAUUGAAUGCACACUGGAACUGUAUCCACCACAGGUUAAUUUUCCCAUGUGCACCAUUGCAUCUAUGCCCAGGCUACCAGAACACUGUAUUGAGUAUGUAAGGAUAUUGCAGUGGCCUAAGGAGCAGCCUUUUGGAGAAGGGGUUCCAUUAGAUGGAGAUGAUCCUGAUCAUAUUCAGUGGAUUUUCCAAAAAUCCCUAGAGAGAGCAUCACAAUAUAAUAUUAGGGGUGUUACGUAUAGACUCACUCAAGGGGUAGUGAAACGAAUCAUUCCUGCAGUAGCUUCCACAAAUGCAGUCAUUGCAGCUGUGUGUGCCACUGAGGUUUUUAAAAUAGCCACAAGUGCAUAUAUUCCCCUUAAUAAUUACUUGGUAUUCAAUGAUGUAGAUGGACUGUACACAUACACAUUUGAAGCAGAGAGAAAGGAAAACUGCCCAGCUUGUAGCCAGCUUCCUCAAAAUAUUCAGUUUUCUCCAUCAGCUAAACUGCAGGAAGUUUUGGAUUAUCUAACCAAUAGUGCUUCACUGCAGAUGAAAUCUCCAGCCAUCACAGCCACAUUAGAGGGAAAAAAUAGAACACUUUACUUACAGUCAGUAACCUCUAUUGAAGAACGAACAAGGCCCAAUCUCUCCAAGACAUUGAAAGAAUUGGGACUCGUUGAUGGGCAAGAACUGGCAGUUGCUGAUGUCACCACACCACAGACUGUACUGUUCAAACUUCAUUUUACUUCUUAAAAUAAAUAUGCACAUAAUAGAAAACUCAUGGAAAUAUUAUACUUUGUGGAUGCUAAGAGGUUUAAUUGAUGUCAUUUUUAGCAUUAGUGUUGCUGAAAUUUGACUUUUUUUUAUAUAAAUGAGCCACUCUUUUUUAACUUUAUAACUUUCCCUUGAAGACAGAAUUUUGGGGUUGGUGCUUGUAAGCAUUUUCAUUAAUAAUAUGGGAAAGGAUGCCUGGAGAGAGAUGAUAAGCAAAUGUAUUGCUUCUUUUAGAGGAGGUGGCAAACACCCUUUUGUGUGUGAAUUUUGUUAUUAUGGUCAAAGAAUGCAUUUCUCAGUUUUCAUUUGAACACCCACAUAUACAAAAGAUGUCCCUUUAAAGAAAAUUAAGUUUUAAAUAACAUUAAAUAUUACAACCUGACAUCUAGAGCAUAUUGAACAUAGCCUAUUUCUUGCUUGAUUUAAUAUUCAUUUAAUUGUGGCUGUCCAAAUGAGUAUUAAUUAUUGCAGAGAUUACCUUGUCCAUAAUAAUUUGUAAAUGGUGUUAUAGCUGAAUACCUGUGCAUGGAAAUGGGAAAUAUUUUCAUGUGUUUACUACAGUGCCAUAGAGGCCAAUAUGCACAACAUGAAAGCCAAGACAUAGAUGUUUAAAAAAAUUUAAUGUUUAAACAGUUAUCACUGAUGCUUUUGUGCUAUUUAUUAAUAAAAUCAUAUAUUGUCUACUUUU